AUGCUGGCAGCUGCAGAUGCGCCGGCGAGAGACGAUAGACCGGAAUCGCCGCCGAUGCGAAUUCUCUCCGUGCGUUCCUUGGCUGACGAAUCCUCCUAUAUUUACGCUCCUCUCGAGGAGCGCAUCCCCAUCGGUUCCGCCGAUGUUUCCGGGGGAAACCAGCCUCCGUUGUACAUAUUCAACCCAGUGAGACGACGCUCGGAUCUCCCGCUGAGCGGGGCUGUGAAUCCUGCUCUUUAUACACCGGAUAGCAAGUCGGGAGAUUCGCAGACUGAUUUUUCUUGUACAUCGAACCCUCUCGUCCCCGAGAACGCUGCUUUUGAACCCUUCAUCCCAUUGAAGAAAAUCAAGGAAGAGAUCGAGAGCGAGACUCCAUUGUCGACCGAUAAGGACUCGAGACCUACAGCGGAUGACCGCGCUGCGGGACAUGGCUCCAACUCGCUUCCUGAGACUACCACGAAGAAGUCGAGAAAGACGAAGUCUCCGGAAAGGAGGGAUCUGCUGGGUAGGAAAGAGAACGCAUCAACUCCUACCACUGCUUGCGAAGAUCUCCGCGAUCCGGAAGACGGCUCACAAUUCUAUUUCGAGUUCGAUCCCUACUCCUCACCUUUCGAUGAUUCCGACGAAGAAAGAGCCCACGAGGUAGAACGAACCUUGGAAGGGGUCAACCAUAAGAACUUCACGACUGGUAUCCUCAGGGAGCUCGAUGUGCACAAUAGUGGAGACAAUGGAGAGCCACGGGGCCGUUUGGAGUCGGAUCAUUCCUACUCGAAGCCGAACCACGAACAUCCAACGCUUACUCCGGAGGAAUCGUUGGGAACCCGUCUUGAGUCCUCUCCGCGGACCACUUCCCCAUCCGGAAACGCACCGGUACCGAAGUUGAUUGUGAGACUACCGAAGAAGAUGGUCUGUGAUCGAGGGAACAAACAACGGGGUAUAAGGAAGCCUGCCAGACGGCGACGCAAGAAUAGCAGCAGCUCGAACAAUUCCACUGAUACAUCAUCAGGCAUCUCCGCGGGAUCGAGGAUUCCCGAGACGGCCGAAGAGCGGUCGCAGCGCCAAAAACAUCUCCUCAAUGAACGCAAAAUCACCGAGUCGAUGAUAAUUCUCACGAAAAUGCGGAAUGUCAUGUCACAAGCUCGUUCAGGGUCCCUGAACAGCGGCACCGCAAUGAGAGACAAGCUCUUCUUCCUUGAGAAUCUCUCGCAGUAUCUCCGCAGGAACGAUUUCUCCAAGGAACCAUUGAAUCGGAGCAUCCUGAAUGCCAUGGCAGAGUGGCUCUCUCCGUUACCGAAUGGGAAUCUUCCUCCGUUGAAACUGCGUUCUCGUCUGGUGAAUCUCCUCAGGGAUUUGAAUCGAACCACUCCAGCGCAAGUCUUCCAAUCAUCGUCGAUUGAGGGCGUGCUCAUACUGUUAAUGAACCAUCCGAAAGAAUCCGCGAAGAACAAAGCUCUCGAAUGGCAGCUCGUGAACUCAUGGAGCUAG